GAAUGGAGAUGUAUUGAACAGCACAGCGCAAGUGUCUUUAUUUACAAAGAGAUUCAAACAUUACGUGGCGCCUUUUUCGUGGCUUACAUAAGAUGCGAAGGAUGCGACGUCGAUUUGAAAUGGAAUUAAAACCAUUCUUGCUGUUGAUCAUUUGCACAUUCCUGGGACAGGCCAAAGUACAUGGAGAACGGAGAAAUGCCAUAUUAAUACUGGCGGAUGAUGGAGGGUUCGAGAUGGGAUCUUACAGGAAUAAAAUAUGUCAAACACCGAAUUUAGAUGCCCUGGCGAGGGACAGCUUAAUUUUUAAUAAUGCUUAUACUUCUGUGAGCAGUUGUUCUCCGAGUCGUUCCUCUAUUCUAACCGGACUUCCGAGUCAUCAAAACGGAAUGUACGGGCUCCACCAAGGUGUUCAUCAUUUCCAGUCCUUCGAUGAUGUCCAGAGUCUCCCAAAAAUAUUAAAAAACAAUAAUAUUCGAACAGGGAUAAUCGGUAAAAAGCAUGUGGGUCCGAGUGAAGUCUAUCCUUUCGACUUCGCUCAUACAGAAGAAAAUAGCUCAAUCCUACAAGUAGGCAGGAACAUCACGCACAUAAAGCUCUUGACCCGAGAAUUUCUCUCAGCCUCCAAGGACCAGCAGUUCUUCCUCUACAUAGCUUUCCACGAUCCCCACAGAUGUGGUCACACGAAUCCAGAGUACGGUAACUUCUGCGAGAAAUUUGGUAAUGGAGACACUGGAAUGGGACGAAUUCCAGACUGGACUCCGAUAUAUUAUCAGUGGGACGAGGUGACGGUACCCUAUUUCAUCCAGGACACGGAGGAAGCGAGGAGAGAUAUCUCCGCUCAAUACACCACGAUGUCUCGCCUGGACCAAGGGGUCGGGCUGAUCCUCAAGGAGCUCGAAACUUCAGGAUUGAAAAAUAACACUCUUGUCAUGUACACCUCGGACAAUGGGAUACCCUUUCCCAGUGGUAGAACGAACCUCUACGACCCUGGGAUGGCAGAACCCCUGAUGAUCUCCUCCCCUCUCCACCCUAAACGCAGGAAUCAGGUGACGUAUAGCAUGACUUCCCUCCUCGAUAUCGUCCCUACACUUUUUGACUGGUUUGGAAUCAACGAGGAGCUUUCACAGUCCAACGAAAUCCCCCAAAGGCACUCGAUAAAUCUCACAGGGAAAUCACUACUGCCUCUUCUGAUUGACGAACCCAUUGAUGACAACAACGUCAUCUUUGCCAGUCAGACUCACCACGAGGUCACCAUGUAUUAUCCUAUGAGGGUUGCUCGCACCAAGAGAUACAAAUUGAUUCAUAAUUUGAAUUAUGGAAUGCCUUUCCCCAUCGAUCAGGAUUUCUAUCUCUCUCCAACAUUUCAAGACCUCCUCAAUAGGAGUCGCUCGAAUAUGCCCCUCAGGUGGUACAAGAAUCUCCAGAGUUAUUACCACAGGCCUGAGUGGGAGCUGUUUGAUCUUAAAAUGGACCCUGAGGAGGUGAAAAAUCUUGCGGGAAAACCAUCGGCUAAAAAGGUGUUCACAGAGCUUAAGGAGAAGCUUCUCCAGUGGCAGUGGGAAACACACGAUCCUUGGGUCUGCGCUCCACAUGGGGUUCUUGAACCCUCUCAAGGCGAUAAACAUAAUUUGAGGUGUAUGUCUACAGAGUUUUGAGCACAUAUGGGAAAUAAUAUUCCCACAGCAUACAGCAUCGGACUCGUCACUGUUGAGGGCUUGAAUGGAUGAUUGAUCGAGUCAUCGUCGCAGAAGAAUCCACGGUGGUAUGGCUUACCAAA